ACUGAUGCAUGAUAAGAAGGAAGCUCCCAGAUUAUGACAGAGCCCAAACGCGAUGAUAGACAUAAUGUCGAUGCCAACAGCAACAAUAAUACCAACAACACCUCCCCAAGCGACAGAUCUGGACGUGUGACAGCAGCUCGUCGACAUGGAAACCUCGAGACCAUUCGCAAACAACCAGGAUGGAAGGAGUUUCCAGAGUGCAUACCGCUGGCGAUGCGGACGACCAAGAGCGGCAAGGUGACUGAGUUUGGCAACACCAAGCUACGCAUCAUCGAGCGCGUCGCCGUGCAUACCAACUUUGUCUCUGCUCUCACCUAUCUCAAGAGCUUGACAGAAGAUGGAACCAGGCUGCUGAGUCUCAAAGACUUGGAGCAAUGUGCAGCGCACUUCGACAGGUCCAAGAAGGUGGCUUCUAGCCAGCGAGGCUCAAGCUCAGCACCGGCGAGCACAUCAGUCAGUCAUGCAGACGACGAAGAGCCCAGCUACCACUCGUUGGCUCAACCUCUGGAUACCUGGAACCAUUUCACGCUCGAUCAGUCACCGAUGCCCUCCAAUGCUGGUCCAUCAUUGCAACCACUCAAGCGACCAAGCCCAGAGUCCUUCCAAAGCAUGUCAGUGUCGCCGGUGGACUGUCAUCCAAAGCGACCACGCAUGGACACUUUCUUCGACGGCCAUAGCGCCGACUUCCUUUUCGACAUCAAUAGCCAGAACUUGAGCCACACAAACAGUCUCAGUGUUCCAGGAUACCAACACCAGGACGACCGCUCGAUGCGCGUCCCAACACCAAACCUGCUUUCGCAGUCGCCGUCGCAGAACCCAGCUCGCGCCCUACUGAGCAUCCAUCCUCACGCAGGAAGCAUCUUCUCAAACCUCAACUCCGCCUUUGACGAUCUGCUUGCUCGAGUAGAAGACCAGCAACAACUCGUCAAGUCCGCGCUUGAUCAACUACGCAUGGCCACCAAUGGCCUUGAGGUCGCUGCAACAACAAGUACACCAAACAAUACCAGCGAUCGUGAUCUGGAGACGGCUCAGAGAAAAGAAGCACGUGCUCGUCAAGACUUGCAGCAGGCAAGAUCAGCAAGAGAUGUUAUCGAUAUCCAGUAUGGCCACAUUGGUACCUCCCUGUCGCGUGCUCUGGUGGGCACUGUGCGAGCCGAGUACACACGGGCUGAAGCAGCGAUGAACCGUGCUCAAGCAGAUGUCGAGGCUGUGCGGCAGAGGCUUCAAAAUGCGAACAACCGAGAGCAGGGGUUGAGGCGAGCGAAAGAGGUUGCAGAGGUUGGAAUUGACCAGCUGCAGCGGCAGACGCGCUUUUGGUUGAAGAGACUGGCAGAGGCAGGGGUGAAGCUGACAGAUCAGUUGGGCACUUUGCAAGGAAGCGAGGCCGGUCAGGCGACGUCGCAGAUGUGAGGGUUGAAUACUCUAAUAAAUGAGAAAUGAAGACGACACUGGGACUUGGUGGUAAGAAGGACCUGUAAGAAUUGUUUGGAAGUUGUAAUCAUAUUCGAUAAUGAUUCAGAC